UGCAACCUGUCCUGGGAGAUUUCCCUGCUCAGCGAGAGGGGAGGAGAGAAGGGGCAGCAGCCGCUGAGCCAACCCCUGCAGGCUGCUGGGAGCACUGGGGUCAGCAGAGAGGAUGGGAUGUUUCGGAAGCCACAGUCGUCAUUUGCGGAGCUGGAGAAGAGAUUCAGCGAUUUCUCUCUGAAAAGUGCCAUGCUCCAGGAGGUGCUGCUGGGAUUCAAAGAGAUGCUGCGACGGGAGCUGGGGAGCAAUACUGCACAUUCCUAGCCGUCCCAAUGAUGAUUCAUUUCUGGGAAACAUCCUCAGCAGAAUUAUUUGAAGGUGUUGCACCGGAGAGUAAAGGCACAGAGGCAGUGGCUUGUGGGAACGAGGACGGCAGAGUAACGCCCACCUUUGGCUCCAGAUUGUCCCAGCCUCCCACGGGGCAGGGAAGGGAACUGACUGUAGGGGAGCCAGUCCAGGGGCCGGUGACCUUCGAGGAGGUGGCUGUGUAUUUCAUCAGGGAAGAGUGGGCUCUGCUGGACCCCGCUCAGAGAGCCUUCUACAGGGAUGUAAUGCAGGAGAACUAUGAGACGGUGGUCUUGCUGGUAGGGUUUCCAGUUUCCAAACCUGAUGUGAUCUCGCAGCUGGAACGAGGAGAAGAGCCGUGGGUCCCGGACCUCCAGGCCUCUGAGAAAGAAGUGCUCCUGAGAGCUGCCUUCACAGGUGAUGGAAUGGUGAGUGAGAAUGAGGAGGAGAAACCCCAGCAGGAACAUGCUGCGCAAGUAGAACCACAUGGAACGUUAUCAGGAAGAUCCAAUGGAGGGAAUUUUUCCGGGAGUUGUGCACUCCGAGAAAAAGCAAAAGCCUGUGAGACUCAUCAGAGGCCAGAGGAAAACUUCAGUAGCCACUCAGACCUUAUAACCUGCGACAGAAUAAACUUGGAAGGGAGACGCUACACAUGCCACGAGUGGGAGAAGCCCUACACAUGCUCUGUGUGUGGGAAAAGCUUCAUUGAUAAUUCAAGCCUCAACUCACAUCAGCGAAUCCGCACAGGAGAGACUCCCUACAUGUGCUAUGAGUGUGGGAAAAGCUUUAAUCAGAGCUCUGCCCUGAGUAGACAUCGGAGAAUCCACAUGGGUGAGAAACCUUAUGGAUGCUCCGAGUGCGGGAAAAGCUUUUGUCAGCGUUCUGACCUUAUCACACAUCAGAGAACCCACACAGGAGAGAAGCCCUACAUGUGCUCCGAGUGCGGGAAAAGCUUCAAGGAUCGCUCAAACCUUGUCACACAUGAGAGAAUCCACACAGGAGAGACGUCCUACAUGUGCUCUGUGUGUGGGAAAAGCUUUAGUCAGCACUCACACCUUAUCUCACAUUAUAGAACCCACACAGGAGAGAAGCCCUACAUGUGCUAGAGAUACCAGAACACUCCAAUUCUUGCACAUUCCACACAGAUAACAAGGACAGGGGCAAAAGGGUUGUUCGAACCGACAUGUACAAGGUGAGAGGCGGCACCUUACUGCAUAGAAGGGUUGUACCUCACUACGUAGGGGGGCUGCAGCUCAAUAUGUCAGGAAUGAUGUGUAUAAGAAUGCACCCCUGGGGCGGUGUCUUUUUCUGGCCUAGAGGGCAGUGGAGAGUCCCACUGCUGACUGAGCUGGUCCAUUGUCAGGGGGCACAUAUUCGUAGUAUGUCCUGUAGAGUCUGUGGGGAACUAGUACUGUGCUUCGUUUGA